CUAAGUCCAGGAACAACAACAGAUUGCGAGUGUGAACUUUUGGACUCACGCGCAUCGGUCCUCAUGUCGUUGCGGGUUAUGUGGACGGCCGGCUUUGUGCUCUGUCUGACCGGACUGCAGCUCAUCCGGGCCGGGGAUCGUCCGUCUUAUGUGGCCGCUGUGUACGAGCACCGUGUGCUGCUGAACCCGGAGCCCAGAGUCCCGCUGGAGCGCAGAUCAGCACUGAAACACAUGGAGCAAAACCUGCGCGUGUUUGAGGAACAGACCGCAGAUGCGGCUCGACACGGUGCCCAGAUCAUAGUAUUUCCAGAAGAUGCCAUCCAUGGGUUCAACUACACCCGAUCUUCAAUCGCUGGUUACCUGGAAACGGUUCCUGACCCCAAAGAGAUCACGUGGAGUCCAUGUGCUGAACCGCACAGAUUUCCAGACACCGAGGUCCUCCGGAGACUCAGCUGUAUGGCCCAUAAGAACCGAAUCUUCGUGGUGGCUAACAUGGCGUCCCGUCAGAGCUGUGACGGACACGUCGACCCUCUGUGUCCCGUGGACGGUCAGUAUCAGUUUAACACUAACGUGGUGUUCAGCGACCGCGGCACCAUCGUGGCUCGAUAUCACAAACACAACUUGUACUUUGAGGCGGCGUUCGACACGCCGCCCGAGCCCGAGUACAUCACCUUCACCACACCCUUCGCUGGUCGAUUCGGGGUGUUUACGUGCUUUGACAUUCUGUUCCGUGACCCGGCGGUGACCCUGGUCACAGACAUGGGCGUCAGGCAGAUGGUCUACCCGACCGCAUGGAUGAACCAGCUCCCCCUGCUGGCGGCUGUGCAGUUCCAGCGUGCGUUCUCCCACGCGGCCGGGGUCACGCUGCUGGCCGCCAACAUCCGAGCCGCUGAGUACGGCAUGACGGGCAGCGGGAUCUUCACGCCGUGGGACUCUGUCGUUCAUCAUGACACCGAGGGGAAUUCUGGGAAACUUCUGGUACGCCGUGUACCGGUGCUGGAUCCAGCUUUCGUCGGGGAGAGUUACAGGCCAACGCUGGUGCCAUUUUCUGGGUAUUCAAAGACCAGUCGUGGAUCAGAACUAGAAAAAGCACAAGCGUGGGAUGUUAACUUCUUCAGUGCAAAACAGGGUGAUCCCAAUGCUCAAUUCUGCCGCACAGACUCCGAUUGUGUCGAAACGGAUCCAGCAGACGGUCCACUAGCCUUCACCUCCAUCAUGAUGUACGAUAAUUUCACUCUGAUACCUCUAAAGGGAAAUAAAGGGAACCUCACGGUGUGUAGCGGCUCGCUGUGCUGCCACCUGCUGUUCCAGAGGUCACACACACUCGAGUUUUACGCUCUCGGGGUUUUUAACGGCCUGCAUGUGGUGCACGGGACGUAUUACCUGGAGGUUUGUGCUCUGGUGAGAUGCACGGCUCUGCAUCACAGCAGCUGCGGAGGAGAGACCGAACACGCGCAGACGCUGAUGGACUUCAGGCUGGACGGGACCUUUAGCACCCGUCGCGUUUUCCCGGGAAUUCUGGGCAGCGGGAUGACUCUGGAGGUCCCGGACCAUUCCGGCUGGGAGAGUGGAAGUGGGUUUUACGUGAGCCGGAAGGGAAUGUCCACAGGGCUUGUGACGGCCAUGCUGUAUGGAAGACAUUAUGAGAAGGACAAUAUCUAAAACAAACACACCGCUC